GCAGCGGCGACAGCAGCAGCGGCUACAGCAGCAGCGGCUACAGCAGCAGCGGCUACAGCAGCAGCGGCGGUGGCAGCAGCGGCGGUGGCAGCGGUGCUGACACUGGGACAGCGUUGUGAGGACAGUGGUGACAGCAAGAGCUGGAGGACUGGUAGAGGGAAAGGCACCAUGGCCUUUCCUCUGCGCCUCUUCCUCCUGCUCCUCCUGGCAGUGGCCCUGCCUGACAGGGCUGCCCAGGCUGCUCCCUGGCGAGCACAGGGAGCAGAUUGGAAUCAUCACAUGGAUUACCUGGAAGUAAUGAAUGAUGGCUUGAAAUUCUUGGAGGAUGUUGGAGCCAAGCCUCUCGGUGAAGGUGAUGCAGCUCCUCAACCCACACCCAGGACUGAGCCUCUGGGAGAUGGUGAGGUUACAGGUGUGUCUGCAGGGAGGACUUUGCCAGCUCCUGGGUUGGUUACUGCAGACAAGCCCGGCUCCCAUCGCAGGGCUCCCCAAAGACAGAAGACCAAAGAUACAGCAGAAGAGAAAUCCCUGGAACGAUCUGAACUUAUACGGCAAAUGCUGAAGGAAAUGCAGGGGGGAGCACAAGGAAUGAAACAAGAGCCUGUGCAGCAGGAAACCAUUCCCGAAGGAAGCAGCGAUUCUGUGCCCGACUCUGCUGCAGGAAGGGAGGCCAUGCCAGGCACAGUAACACAAGAUAAGGUUCCUGGCAAGGUUUCUCCAUUAGCUUGGCUGCAUAAUGUUGUGAAGCACACUGGGCCUCCUGCAGUUACAGGUGUGUCUGCAGAGAGCAUUGUCUCCAGCUCCUGAGCUGGUUACUGCAUCCAAGUCCAGCUCUCAACACAGCAGUCCUCCAAGAGAGAAGACCCAAGAUACAGCAGAAGAGAUAUCCCUGAAACGAUCUGAACUUAUACGGCAAAUGCUGAAGGAAAUGCAGGGGGGAGCACAAGGAAUGAAACGAGAGCCUGUGCAGCAGGAAAUUCCUGAAGGAAGCAGUGAUUCUGUGCCUGACUCUGCUGCAGGAAGGGAGGCCAUGCCAGGCACAGUAACACAAGAUAAGGUUGCUGGCAAGGCUUCACCAUUAGCUUGGCUAUAUAAAGUUUUGAAGCCCACUCGGCCUCCUGCAGGUAUGUUCUCAGUGUCCC